AUGAAAUUGAGGUUUGCAACUAGAAAUCAAAAUGUGUCUUCACAUCCCAAUACAAGCCAGAGAAGGAGGUGCGAGUUCAAAUUUACGGGUUUUUCUAUGAAUUCAUGUUAAGGUCAGUAGUCGAGCGUCAGAGACGAACACAUCUUCUUCUUGUUUGCGUUGUUGCAGUCUUUGCUGUUGCUUGGCUUCCGUUGAACGUUUUUCACAUAGUAAGUUUGGUUUGAUGAUAAUUCAAUCAAUUUAUUUUAGUUUAACACAUUCGAGUUAGUGAACAGUUUCUCGGUGACCACAUUCAGCAUUUGCCAUUGUCUUGCAAUGUGUUCUGCUUGUUUGAAUCCAUUGAUAUAUGCUUUCUUCAAUCAUAAUUUUCGGACAGAAUUCAUUUAUUUGUUCGAUCGAGUUGGAUUGAGGUUGCUCUUUAAGAGACAGAUUUAAGAAAUAAUAUUGGUUUUUUAAGAUCUCUCCGGAUAUUAAUCUUUGGAGAGCAGGAAUCGUUCAAAAAGAGUCUGAAGACUGAGUUCCGAAGUCGUGGAUGUAAAACAGCCACUACAGAGCCGACCAGCUUUCAGAGAAUGAAUGAAAGUAUAAUUCUAAGUACGGCAGAACAUGAUGAGCAAUUGUGAAGUAGUUUAACAUUAAUAAAAAAAUAAUCGACUUUGCAUGAUGCUCUUUUUCUUUCAACGGUCCAUUCAAAAAACGCGAUCUGGCUUGAAAGCAGUUUUUUUAGGCUGGGAUGAACACAAUUUUUAUUCUGAACAAACAAACAUUUGAAGAGAUCUUAUGUCAUAAAUAAAACCGCCAACGCGAAAAGCAAUCGUCAAAAGGCUACAAGAUCCAUGAUGAUCAGCUUUCAAGUGCAUGGCUAUAAAAAUGCAAAAAUCUUUUGCUUUCUAAGAUAGUUCGAAAACGUCUUACGCAACAAAUGCAGAUGUUUUCAUUGUUUUUAAUUGUAAUAAUUAAUGUGAUGUUUGAGCAGAAAAAUGUCCAUGGUAAGCAGUAUUGAAGUGUUCCAUUUGCUUUAAAAAAAUGUUUUUAGGUUGUGUAACGCGAUGCAAAACAAUACAAAUUACUGGGAAUCUGGUUCCAACCCAGUACAAUCGUUGUCUUUGUUUCAAUUUUUUAAAGAACGAUCUGGAGUCAAGCAGGAUCAACGUAAAAUGUUCCCCAAAUUACAGGUACUUACAAAAAUUGAAAAUUUUCUGAGAUCAUAUAUUUUUUAGAUCACUAAAAUUUCGAGAUAAAGAAACUGGAGUUAUUGUUCUUCACAAAGCUGUUGUUGCUGCUUGCAUUGGACUGAGUAACAUAAAAAUUUGUUGAUAGUUUUUGGUUUUGUUCUAAAAUUAUAAGCUUAAGAAAAUUUGGAACUCGAAACAAAAAUCGGGAACAAAAAUGAAAAUUAGAGGCUCACAUUUAAAAUUGAAGGUCGAGUAUCUGUUACUAUAUUCUCAUUGUUUUUAUUACUUUUAGACACACACUUUGACAAGUUCUCUGCAAGCAUUGAUCAACUUUUUUGUACGACUCUUUUUAAGACAUAUAUACUUUGAGAAAGAGGCUUCUUCCGAAAAAUUCUGUAUUUCAGUGCAAAAUAGUAAAAAUUUCGACCUCCUCCUGCUCCUCGAAGUGUAUCAGUCUUAGUUCGGAAUUAGAUACUAUCAGGGCAUUUCAAUGUUAAUGCGCACUGUUGAGAAACCGCGUUAUUUUGCAGCCACAAAACUAGCCAUUUGAUUUCUGGAAGAAUUUUCGCUGUUUUUAACUGUCGUCGGUCACAAUUGCAACAGAGCGCAUUUAAUUUGCCCAAUGCCUCGAUAGUGUCCACACGCUCUUAGCGGAAAUAGAUUAUUCCAUCUUUUGGAGCAUUUUUGUGUUGAGACCAAAUUUCGGUUAAAUACUAUAGAAACCCCCAUUAUAUACAAGAAUGACCGCCCGCAGUCAAACUACGGAUGAUUAAAAAACGAGAACGUUUAGCAAUACUCCUUUUACAAAUAAUUAUGUUCUUAAAGGGCAAGGAAAUGUUUAGAAAGAAUGAGGGUGGUACAUUGAAGAAUGGAAAACAUUUUUCCAGAUACCUCCAGAUUUGGUUACUGAGCACUGGUGUUUCGUGUGGAAAACCAGUAGUAGAAUUGUUAAUAUUUAUCUUAAACAGUUCAAAACUAUCAGACAUGUGAUUAACUUUUGCAAGAAUCAGCUCAUAAGCAAUACCACAUACAUGAGUCAAAAGCCGAAUCUGAAGAUCUCGAAAUAUUCACCAUACUUUGAAGUACUAUCCUCAUUGUUUUUUGUUUUUCUGAAUGUUCUCAAACAAAAACAUUUAUUCCUGAUUUUUCGGGUUAUUGCAUUUUCGUGAUUCGUAAAAAAUUGAGCAACGGUGAAAAGAAACAAUUUUGUUAGAUAAGCUAAAUUUAAUUUUUAUCUAAGGUCCUCUAACAGAAGAGGUAUUCUUAGUAAAUAGUUUUUAUUCAGACAGCCGAAAAUACGUAAAUCAAUCUGAUUUCGACAUAGAGGAACAAUUGUUUCUAACAAGCAGGUAAGCCUACGUGUAAAUUUGUUGCUAACAAAUUCAGUUUAAAAGGAAUUUCCACGUUAAUACUGAAACUGCAAAUUUCAAAUUGUUCGGUACUCCCCAGAAAAAUUCAUGGAUAGAUGAUUUUCGAAGCAACAUAAUGCAACUCUACCGGAAGCCUGAUGGACAUUUGCGUUUUGGUUAG